AUGGCAACAUCUCUCAAAACAAGUAAGAAAGUUUUGACUAGGCACUCCAAUUCAUUAACGCAACUUUUAACAAAGCAUGCAGCAUUGGAAAGCAACGUCAAUCUACAGGAUAGGGAAGCAUGCAACGCAGCAUUAAAACAAGUCCAGAAUGCUACAGUGGACAUUAAACCCCUUCAAGCAACCUUUGAAGAAGCUUUAUACGCUUUCACAGACGCAGUGGACAAGAUAUCGGAACCCCUCACCAAAGAGGAAGAGGAUAAAAUGUCCGAGUACAUUAUUAGCGCAGAGGAACUUAUCGCCAGUACUACUGACCUGCUUCGUAAGUUGGAAAUUACCAGGGGUAGCCUAACGUCUCAUAACCCUACAUCUCCAACACGUAUUGGAUCAUCCUUCACUAGGAGCACCUGCAGACAAGAUAGAACUGCCAAGGAUACCAAUACCGGAGUUCAGCGACAAAAGCUGGCAAUGGGAUAG